UUCUCCGCCUCCGACGUAAGAGAUGUCUACCUCCAGCUCCAUCACCAACCAGCCAGAGCCACAGCGAGAGCAAGAGAAUGCUCAUCGAGCGUCGUUAUCAUCAUUUGUAAGUAGACUCAUAACAGGUUUACUUGGCUGUUUUCUCCUCCCAUGUAGACGAGCUCUUAGCUUCAUCAGUGGUAACCCUAAGCUCUUACCCACCGAUGAUCAAUCUUCUUCGUCCUCGUUUUCAUCAUUACCUAAUGAUAUAGUUUUGAACUGCUUAGCUCGUGUCUCUAGACGCUACUACCCAACCAUCUCUUGUGUUUCCAAACGCUUCCGUUCCCUUGUGCGUUCUCCUGAGCUUGCAGAUAUGCUAUCCUUAGUGAGCAGAGAUAAUCUCAUCUUUUAUUUCUCCUUCUUGGAAUCUCAUGAGAUUCUUAUUAAGAACUUUCAUUGGUUCACUUUGAACCCAAACGAGAAGAAAACAAGUGGGAUCACUCUCAACUCAGUUGAGGUUCUUUCUCAAGAGAUGCUGUGUUCUUCAUCCGUGUCGAUAGGUUACAAGAUCUACUUUGUUGGAGGAUCCACUUUAAAUCCUUCGUCGGGCCUAUGGAUCUUCGAUUCCUGGUCCGGCCAGUUGUGUGAGGGUCCUCGAAUGAAACUAGCUCGCAGCACACCAGGCGUGGCAGUAGUUGAUGAGAAACUAUACGUAAUGGGAGGGUGUUGUGAAGACGAAAUCCAAGUGGAGGUUUUCGACACAAAUUCUCAAACUUGGGACAUUGGACCAUGCGGAGAAGGACUAAUGAGGCCGUCUAGAAGGAUGAAUGUGAAAGAAGCUGUGGCUCUGGAAGGGAAGGUUUAUGGUAUGAUGAGUUUUACAGAUGGGAAUCACAUCAUCUACGAUACAAAAGAUGGUAGAUGUGAGACUUUUAAGAUGGUAACUGAAGAAGCAUUUUGGAGGAGAGGUGCAUUGUGUGUGAUAAACAGUGUGAUAUAUGUUUAUGACAGUAAUCUUGGGAUAAUGUGGUUUGACUCUAAAGAUAAGGUAUGGAGAGAGGUUAAAGGUUUUGGUACGCUUGAUAAAAUGAAUCUCAUGGUUGGAAUGGUGGAUUGCAAUGGAAAACUCGGGUUUCUGUGGGGUGGACCGCCGGUUGGUAGCAUGGUCGAUGGUAAUAGAGGGUUUUGGUGUGCAAUCAUUGCGUUGGAUAGGAGUGGAGUUGAGAUCCAUGCAAAGGUCGAGAGGUCUCAUCUAGUUGGAUCUGUCCCUAACUACUAUGAAUUUUGGAGUUGUCUAAGUGUUUCUUACUAAAACUUCAAAAAGAGAUAUGUUUAUGAUGUUUAAUAUGAGACAUUUUCGUACUUUGUACUAUAUUAUUGAUAUGUUUAUGAUGUUUGUCUAAGGGAUGUUUAAUAUGAGACAUUUUCGUACUUUGUACUAUAUUAUUGAUAUGUUUAUGAUGU